UACAUUUGCAGGCUUUAAACUCAACCACAUCCUUUUAACAUGACUUCCUUCAUAGUGGCCUAUAUCCUGAUAAAACCUUAAAUCUAUAUUUGCUCCUAAAUAAAUGUGUUCUCUUCAAUAAGCUUUUAGAAAAGCUCCUUACAGGUGUGGAAGUGCUUUUUGCAUGCUGCACACUUGGCGCCGGAGAGAAAUGCAUAGUGAUCUAACCUCGAAUUAUGCGGAAAAGCAUGUUUGAACAACCCCUGCAGUUCACUUCCUAGUGUAAGGUUUCAUUCCCGUCCGCACACACCUCCGAGCACUCCGGGGCUUGUCGCGGUGAUUUGGCUCCAGACUUUCGGCCGGACGCGCGUCUGAGGACACCUGAAAGCACUGGAUUUUAGGGCCGCAGUAAAGGGGAAAAGAGAAUGAACGUUUCUGUGCAAACUUUGUGAAGAGGCCUUGAUUUGAUUUUUUUUCUUGAAUCGGAGGGAACAGUCCGCCUGAGCUGAGGGCGCAUACCUGUGCGGACUUGCCCGUCUGUAGGACCCGCUGGUGGGGGAGUCGAGGCCGAGGAGACACACCUUACCCCCCACAACACCUCCUCUUUCUCCCCCUCUCUCUCUCUCUGAAAGCGGAGGAAUCUGAAAAACUGAAAUGUCGGCAAAUGACAGAGUCACGCGAGCACUGAGGGAGAUCCUCCAAAACCCUGGAAAUGACGUUUGCGCAGACUGCGGCGCAGCCGAUCCCACCUGGGGCUCCUGCUCCCUGGGAGUGUUCAUCUGCCUGGCCUGCUCUGGGAUCCACCGCAACAUCCCCGAGAUCAGCAAGGUCAAGUCCCUGAGCCUUUCCCACUGGGAGGACCAGGAGGUGCAGUUCAUGGCUGAGAAUGGUAAUAACCUGGUGAAGAGUAAAUAUGAGGCUGCUGUUCCAGUCUACUACUACAAACCAACCCACAAAGACUGCCAGACGUUGAGGGAGCAGUGGAUUAGAGCAAAGUAUGAGAGGAAGGAGUUCUCUGACCCUGGGAAGACCUUCAUAUAUGAGGAGGGAACCAGAGACGGUUUGUUGAUGAAGAGGGGGCGGGACAACGGGCAGUUCCUCAGCAGGCGAUUCGUCCUCUCGGAGAGGGAGGGGACUCUGAAGUAUUUCACCAAAUAUGAUGCUAAGGAGCCCAAAGCAAUAAUCAAGGUGGACACCAUCAACGCGACCUUCCAGCCCGAGAAGAUCGGAAACCCCAACGGCCUGCAGAUCACCUACCUCAAAGACUACAGCACCCGCAACAUCUUCAUCUACCAUGACAGCAGCAAGGAGAUUGUUAACUGGUUUAACACGAUUCGUGCAGUUCAGCUUCACUAUUUAAAGGUGGCCUUUCCUGGAGCUACAGAUGCUGAGCUGGUACCGAAACUUACCCGGAACUUUCUGAAGGAAGGAUACAUGGAAAAGACAGGGCCCAGGCAAACGGAAGGCUUCAAGAAACGCUGGUUCACUCUGGACCAGAGGCGACUCAUGUACUUCAAAGAUCCGCUGGACGCCUUUGCCAAAGGAGAAGUGUUCUUGGGGCACAAGGACCUCAACUACAGCGUCUUGCCCGGCUUGCCUGCUGGUACCUAUUGCAACGGCGCCUGGCACCAUGGUAUCACCAUAGAAACACGUGACCGCAGCUUCCUGUUUACAUGCGAGUCAGAGAGCGACCAACAGGAUUGGCUGAAACACUUCAACGAUGUCAUUAAUACUCCGAUGUCGCCCCAGGACUACACAACGGAAGCCUUGUUCAAGCACAAGCAUUGAUGGACCAGCGGCCUGUCGGACCAUCUCCUCUCUUCUGUUCUCAGCCCAUCACCAAUCUGACUCAGGACUCAUUUCUGCCACAGAGCAUGCCAUUUUAUCAAAAUCUGAUCUUCAUCGCUAAUAUGGUCCAAGUAAAUCUUGCUCCAAGUCCCAAUGCUGUUCUUUGACAAUGGGGUUAGAGAUGCAAACAAGAGGACCAAUGCAAUAUCCAAUGGUAAAGCAAAAAUGUCAUCUGACCAAAAGUCAUUCUUAAAUGUACCAUAGAAGAUUUUUUAAAAUGUUGUUUUGCUGUGGUGUUUUUGUCAACCAAACAGUCCUGGUAGUACUAUAACAUAUUUCUUUUUUGGAUUUGAUGUAGCAAAUAUUGAAAAUUUUGACACUCUUUUUUUAGCCUCUAUAGGCAUGGUUUCCAUUGCCUAUGCCCAUUGGAGGAAUGUCAAAAUUAAGGAAAAAGCAUUUAAAGUAAGAAAAUACCUUGGUCCUCUUGUGUUAUGCAUAAGGUCCAGUGUGUUGGAUUUAUGGAGAUAAAAUGGCAGAAAUUGAAUAAUAACUGAAAGUAAGAAUUGUUAUGUUUUUGUUAUCUUAGAAUGAGCAGUUUAUAUCCACAUAGUGAGUGGAUCCUCAUUUACAGAGAUCCCCAUGUUACCAUGCUAUUUUUCUACAGUAAACUGGAGUGGACAAACCAAACACUGGAUAUGGAUAGUGGCCAGUUAUAGCUGACAUCUUGUUUUAGCAGUUCGUCUACACUGAAACAAAUUUGAUUUUGGGGGAAAAUUUAAAGGUUGGCACAAAAUAUUUCCAAGCAAAUAUAGAACUUUCAAACCCCAGAGGUUCCAGGAUACAGAUAUAGAUAUAGAUGUAGUAGAGGUAUGGAUUUAUUGAAAAUUAAAGUGGGAAUACCACUUAAUGAAAGAUCAGAUCAUUUCAAUAAUGCUGAUUUGGACCGUCCACAGUAUGACAAACGGCAUUGGAGAAACACAAUUUGUCACGUUAAACUGCUUUAUUCAGUGUUUUUAGAUAAUUCGGCUCCCAUUUAAAAUCUGCACAAUAAACGCUGAAGCAAUUAUAACCAGUAGAAGCUGGUUGCAAUCUGCAAUCUUCACUUCUAGAUGCCAUUAAAUCCCCUUAAAUUUUACACAGUGUUCCUUUAAGGCUGAUAAUUGGGUGACACUAAUAAGUUACAGCGAGUCAAAUGGGACGGUCAGGUACAAACCAUCAACAGGACAGAAAACAUCCAAAUCUGCAAUGGAUUCAGAUUUCCAGUUGACACUUUAUAUAUACAUUUUAAAGUAUGUCAUUCACUGGUUGUUUAUAUUAACUUUGUAGCUACUUAAAUGAAUCUUAGAACAUUUAGCAAAAGUAUUGCAGUAUCUUUGCAUUAUGUUGUUUAUUCUGCUGUUUCAGUCCAAACGGUUCGAAAGAGUUUUUUCUUUUCUUUCCUU